ACUCCAAGAUAUCAUCCAAACAAACCAUAAAUACGUCCAUACGCUAAAUCACCACUCUCCACCAUUUCUCUUUAUGUCCAAAUUUUGAUCAUCAGAUAUGCAGAACAAAACGAAUCGUCUGGAAAACAGAGGGAUUCACAUGGGAAGCUUAAAUCCAUCUCCUCAGCUAACCUUGGAUUUCCGACCAAGUUUUAUCCCCAAAACAAUCGGCCAGUUUCUUGGAGAAGUGUCGAGAAUUAGUAACGUAACAGAGAAGCUUUUGCAAGUUGAUGAUUUUGUUAAACGAUUAGAAACAGAAAAACGGAAAAUCGAAGCUUUUAAAGAUCUCCCUCUAUGCAUGCUCCUCAUGAACGAUGCAAUCUUUGCGUUGAAGGAGGAAUCAAUGAUGUUAAAGAAAACAUCAAAUCCCGAACCAGUACUCGAAGAAUUUAUACCACUGAAGAACAAUAGUAAUGAUGAUUCAAAACUCGAAAUUUUCGAAAAACAAAAAGAGAAUAGCGAUAAGAAGAAUUGGUUGAGCUCAACACAGCUUUGGAACAGUAAUGAGAACUCCGAGGAAGAAGAUGCCGGAAUCAAGAAUCCGAUGAUUCCUCGUCCUACACAAAACCUUCAAUCAAACAUUCGGAAUGGCUGCACACCGCCUCCACCACCACCAUCGCCGCCGCCGCCGCCACCACAGCAGCAGGUGGCCAGGAAACAGAGAAGAUGCUGGUCAGCGGAGUUGCAUAGACGAUUUAUUGCUGCGUUACAAGAACUUGGUGGUUCACAAGCAGCGACUCCUAAGCAGAUUCGAGAGCUUAUGCAAGUAGAUGGUCUCACCAAUGAUGAAGUAAAGAGCCAUUUGCAGAAAUUCAGGCUUCAUACACGGAGGCUUCCAUCUUCGGACACAAAUCAACAUGUAGGAUUCUCUAAAUGUAGCAAUUCUCAAUUGCAUUCUCCUAAUGGGCCCCUUAUGAAUGGUGGAGACAACAUGGUUGAUGAUGAAGUAGAAGAUGAGAAAUGUGAAAAUUAUUGUUGGAGUUAGCAGUUGGAGUUUCAAUUCCAAUGUCGAUUUAGCUCUUUGUGGGCCCUAACCUCUUAUGUGAGCCACCUAAGUUGUUGUGUA